AUGGCUUUGGGCCUGCUUGACCUACCGCCCGAAGUCCGGACGAUUAUAACAUUUUACAUUGAGGCAACACGCAUCCUAUACGGCGAGAACGUUUUUGGCUUUCUAGGCAUCCGUUCAGCCUUCCCAAGUCUCGAUAGCGCUUUGACGACACAAAAUCUUACAGCUACCAAUUUCUUAAGGAUUCGCAACCUCUACUUAGAGUUGGCUGCGGUCGAUAAAGAAUCGCUAUUACGGUUUAUAAACUAUCUAGAUGCUACAAAGAUGCAUUUGGAUACUCUGAUCCUUGGCCGUCUUCGGCCUGGGCGGCUUCUUGGAAAUGAUGAGAUGUCGAACCUAGUAGCAUCUUUAUUACGGCAAGGAACAGUCCGUCGUCUUCAGAUCAGGAACAACGCAAGGUAUAGACCACAGCCGGAGGUGGAAAGAAAUGGCCUAUUUAUUCUAACCCAAGACGCGGAAUCCAUGUGGGGCAUGAGCUUUGGGACUGAACGCUUUAAGAAAACCUAUCAUUCGGUCGUACUAGCCGAUUCGAAGCCCUAG